UCUCAGGCGACAACUUCGAAGCUCUAACUCCCUCAACUACCCUUUACUUUCAGGCGACAACUUCGAAGCUCCAACCCCCUCAACUACCCCUUCUUACAACUCUCUCUCUCUCUCUCUCUCUCUCUCUCUCUCGAUCGAUCACCGAACCCCAGCCGUUCAAUUUCACAAGAUACAUCCCGCCCAUACAAUCCCCGUCCGUCGAAAGAAAUGGCGCAAACCCUCCAUUUUCGAAUUCCUCUCUCCUCUCCAAACCGAUCCGUCUCCAAGCUCUCCAAUUUCCCCUUCUCCCAAAUCCAUCUCAAUCGCAGACGCAUCUCCCUCCCCCGUCUUCCGAUCUCAGCCGUUGAUUCCUCAUCCUCCAUCCUAUCCACUGACAAUGGAAAAGGCAGCACCGCCGCCUUCCCUCCGCCUCCUUCCGACGCCGGCGCGAUCGAGGUUGACUCGGUGACCGAGACGGAGCUGAAGGAGAACGGCUUCCGCAGCACGCGGCGGACCAAGCUGGUGUGCACGAUCGGGCCCGCCACAUGCGGGUUCGAGCAGCUGGAGGCGCUGGCCGUUGGCGGGAUGAACGUCGCGCGGAUCAACAUGUGCCACGGCACGCGUGAGUGGCACCGCCACAUAAUCGACAGUGUACGCAGGCUGAAUGACGAGAAGGGGUAUGCGGUCGCGAUCAUGAUGGACACUGAGGGGAGUGAGAUCCACAUGGGGGAUCUUGGAGGGUCUGCCUCAUCGACCAAAGCCGAGGAUGGAGAGAUCUGGACUUUCAGUGUUCGGGCUUUUAACUUGCCACUCCCAGAUCGCACCAUCAAUGUGAAUUAUGAUGGCUUUGCUGAAGAUGUGAAGGUGGGUGAUGAACUCCUUGUGGAUGGUGGAAUGGUGAGGUUUGAGGUGAUUGAGAAGAUUGGUCCAGAUGUUAAGUGCCGCUGUACUGAUCCUGGGCUGAUGCUACCACGGGCUAAUCUGACUUUCUGGAGAGAUGGUAGCCUGGUGCGAGAACGCAAUGCAAUGCUCCCCACAAUAUCUCCUAAGGAUUGGUUGGACAUUGAUUUCGGGAUUGCGGAGGGUGUUGAUUUUAUAGCAAUUUCAUUUGUCAAGUCUGCGGAAGUGAUUAAUCAUCUUAAAAGCUACAUUGCUGCACGGAGUCGUGAUAGUGACAUUUCAGUAAUUGCAAAAAUUGAGAGUAUCGACUCCUUGAAGAACUUGGAAGAGAUUAUUUGCGCAUCGGAUGGAGCCAUGGUAGCAAGAGGAGAUCUGGGUGCUCAAAUUCCAUUGGAACAGGUCCCCUCGGCCCAGCAAAAGAUUGUUCAACUGUGUAGGCAGUUGAACAAGCCAGUGAUUGUUGCCUCCCAGCUGCUUGAGUCCAUGAUUGAAUAUCCUACACCCACCAGAGCUGAAGUUGCAGAUGUUUCUGAAGCAGUCAGGCAGCGGGCAGAUGCUCUAAUGCUUUCUGGUGAGUCAGCCAUGGGCCAGUUUCCAGAAAAGGCAUUGUCUGUGUUGAGAAGCGUUAGCUUAAGAAUCGAGAGAUGGUGGAGAGAGGAGAAGCGGCAUGAAGCUAUGGAACUACCAGGCAUUUCAUCCUCCUUGUCAGAUAGUAUUUCAGAAGAGAUUUGCAACUCUGCCGCCAAAAUGGCCAACAAUUUGGAAGUGGAUGCACUCUUUGUGUACACAAAGACGGCCCACAUGGCAUCUCUCCUAUCUCGCUGCCGUCCAGAUUGCCCGAUCUUUGCAUUCACAACCACAACCUCCGUGCGGAGGCGCCUGAACCUGCAGUGGGGCCUAAUACCCUUCCGCCUGAAUUUCUCGGACGACAUGGAGAGCAACCUCAACCGGACCUUCUCUCUGCUCAAGGCAAGGGGUAUGAUCCAGUCGGGCGAUCUAGUAAUUGCGGUCUCCGACAUGUUGCAGUCCAUUCAAGUAAUGAAUGUCCCUUGAAAAGUACAGACUCAACUGCCACCAUCUUUUAUUCAGUUUUUAAUCGAAUGGCUAUUAACUCUUUUCCCCAGUAUAUUAAAAAAAGUAAUUUAAUUGUUUUUAGGCAAAACAGCAAUGGGGAUAGUGCUAGAAUAGAAAAGAUGCCAGCUUUUGUUUCCUACUAUUAUCAUGCGAUAGCCGAAUUAUGUGUUGUUUCACUGUUUGAAUUCAAGUUCAUUCUGGCGACCGAUACCAUCCGUUCCAGUAUUAUCAACUUUGCUAUGAUAAUGAAGUCCAAUGAAAUUAUGGAGUA